AUGGAUCUGCACAGUAAUUCUCAGGGUGAAUACGGACGGUUUGAACAAAUACUUACACAGUUUCUUCUGAAAAGCUUGCAUAUCACAUUGGAUUCAAGGGUUCCUUCUAUUCGUCCAUAUAAUCGCAGUGGGGAAGUGAAAAAGAGUGACAAAUGGUUCAGCUUAGUAUUAGGAGAUCGUCCAGCUGCUUUAGAUGAUUUGAAUUUCUGGCAAAGGAAUUUAAUGGAACCGAUGAUAAUUGACAUAAUUCUUGUUCAAGAAACCCCAAAUUCUAUGCCUGAACUAAAGUCACGUUCUGCUUUGGGGUUGGGGACUUUUGUUGAGACGGUAAUAGAGAGAUGGGUUGUUCAAUAUGAGUGUAUAGGGGCAACGUCUCCUCAAGUUGGUGAUGCCUCUUACAAGAAAACAUACCAGAAAUCGAUUAUACUUCUACGCUCACUCUAUUCAAUGCUGAGGCUUCUUCCAGCAUAUAAGGCCUUUCAGAAGCUAUGUUCAUCAAGUCAGACUUGUGAUUUUGAGAUCAAUUACAAGGUCUCUUCAUUUAGUGCUCCAUUUUCCAGGGCAGAGGAGGAAGUGAUGAAGCAGUAUAGUUUUGUUCCUGUCGACGCCCAACAAGGACGCCUUUCUAUAUCUGUGACAUAUCGGGAAAGUCUGUCUGAUUUCAAUCUAGAGACGUCUACAUCGUUCCCACCAGAGAUAAUUACAGAUUACGUUCGUAGCCCUGCCACUGACCCUCUGAGGGCUUUUCCCUCUGAUGACAAGGGUUUUUGUGCUACAUCCGUUCCAUUCAGAGGGAUGCAACCACCUUCUAUGUCCCCAUUUCAACGCCCGCACAGCUGGACAAGUGGCCUUCACAAGGGAGUAGCUCCUUUAGCACAGAACCGACCUUUCAGUGGAUCUCCUCCUAUGUAUCAUUCACCUAUGCUGUAUGAGUAUUCUUCUUCACCUACUGAUGUACAUGGGCCUAGGGGUCAACAUUAUAGAUUGCCAACUCACCACAAAACCACAAGCUUUGAUGAGUACCAGCUUUCACCUCCGUUUUCAUCAUCUCCUUCCCCGUCUCCCCCAACAUAUCUUUCCGGUGGGACUCAUGUGCAAACUCGUCUGCAUUCAGAGACUGCCCCUGUAAGCAUUCCUCAUCCGAUGAUGGGCAGAAGUUCCAGAUACCUUUCGCCCAAUUUGUCAGAUCCAAGUAGACAUUCUCUUCCACCUCUAUCCCCCAGAAGUACGAGGCAGGAUCCUUCAUCCCAAGAGUCCCCAUCUGGAAUCAGGUCACUUAAGAAAUCGGAUUCAUUGAGGGCCACAGAGUUGAAUUCUGGGAUACCGAAUCAAUAUGCUAUUCAGAAGAUCUCAAGAGAUAGCAAAGAUGAUUCAGGGAGGUUCUCAGCCUUGCUGUCUUCAAGUGGCUCACCACGAAUUGGAUUCUCGAGGAGCUCUAGUAGAUUCUCUUUGCAGGAUGAUUUGGAUGAUUGUGACUUCUCUUGUCCUUUCAUUGUUGAUGAUGUUGAUCCUGAUUCCCAAGCCAGUCAGUAUCUGGAUGGGAAAAAGGCAUCGGAGACAUUUUCGAUGGCUAGAAAAUCUCAAGAUGCUGCUGCUGGGGCCCUUAUUCAAAUGCUAAGAGCAGCACCUCCUCUGAGGCAAGAUUCUAGUUGUUACUCCUCUCGUUGCUUGAAGACUGAACUCGAGGGAGAACUUGGUGCUUCUUCUGGAUCGUUUUUAGCUCGGAAGACUUCAGAUGCACUGGAGGAGCUUAGGGCUUACAAAGAAAUGAAAGACCUACUAUUUUCCAAGAGCACAACUCAGGUUAUCGGCAAAGAAGAAUCUUAAGCUUGCUGAUUUUGUUGGGUAAUCUUUUACUUCGAAAAGUGAUCUUUCAGGGGUUGAAGGAUUACCACUGAUGUUUAUCCAUAGAACACUAGCAGUUUGUGUACAUACGAUGACUGAAGAUUAGUUGUCAUCACUAAACCAGUUUGUCUUCCCCACGCCCCCUCUUCCCUCAUAAACACAAAAUUAUUGAGAAUUAUUCCUACUGUUGAUGAUAACAGGUGCUUCUAAGAAUGGCAAUACAGUGAGCUUCAAUUUACUGAUUUUUUUAUGUAUAUUGUUUACUGCCUGUCGAAAUGACCAUUGUAUAU